AUGUUGUCCAGGGAAACCAGAGAGAUAGUAGUUGAUUUGGUAUCGGAUUCAAUGGCGACGAGAAAUCGAACUGUAGAGUUUAGGAAGCACAGAGACGCCGUUAAGAGCGUGCGCGCUCCUCUCUCCUCCUCCGCAUCUGCUUCUUCCACCGGUCCCGUCAUCGAAAUGGUUACCACUUCGCUUCUUCCUUCCAAUCGAUCAUCCUAUGCUCCUUUAAGCACCGAGGACCCGUCCACCUCUAGGGAUGCGUUUACUGUGGGGUUGCCACCGUCUUGGGUGGAUGAUUCUGAAGAAAUAGCUACAACUAUACAACGUGCUCGGAUUAAAAUUUCUGAGUUAACCAAAGCUCAUGCGAAGGCUUUGAUGCCUUCCUUUGGGGAUGGCAAUGAGGAUCAGCGUCUUAUUGAGAAUCUGACCCAGGAAAUUACAUCUCUUCUUAGAAAGUCUGAAAUGAGGCUAAAAAGACUUUCUGCUGCUAGCGGAUCUUCUGAGGAUUCUAAUGUUAGAAAAAAUGUACAGCGUGCCCUUGCUACAGACCUUCAGAACCUAUCAAUGGAUCUUCGGCGAAAACAAUCAGCAUAUUUGAAACGUUUGCAGCAGCAAAAAGAGGGUUAUGAUGGGGUUGACUUGGAGAUGAACUUUAACGGGAGUAAAUUUGGAUCAAAUAAUGAUGAAUUCAGUGAUGUGGGUUUUAGUGAAGAGCAAAUGACAAAGCUAAAGAAAAGUGAGCAGUUCUCAGAGGAAAGGGAAAGAGAGAUUGAACAGGUUGUUAAAUCAGUACAUGAACUUGCGCAAAUCAUGAAGGAUCUCUCUGUCCUUGUGAUAGAUCAGGGAACAAUUGUGGAUAGAAUUGACUACAACAUUCAGAGUGUUUCUACGUCCGUUGAAGAGGGCCUUAAGGAGUUGCAAAAGGCUGAGAGAACGCAGAAAAAAGGAGGGAUGAUUAUGUGUGCAACAUCGCUUAUUAUAAUGUGUAUGGGAUUUGUUCUUAAAAUGCCUUGGGCUUACAUUAUUGGCUCCUCAGUGAACAAGAUGGGGAUGGCAUUGUACAGCAUCUCUUCGUGUAAAGAUAGAUAUUAG